AUGAAGACUCGUAAUCAGUAAUUGGUGCGUUUCGAUCCGUCUAUUGUCACAGUUAAACAGUCGUCUAUUGUUAGUCAAAUUGUCAGUUCUCCAGUCGUUCUCUCGUAGUUAGUUUUGCUUUUCUGUUAACAUGAUUGAUAAUUUUAAGCUCAACUAGCCAUUGAUAUUCCGUGAAAAUCCAAAAACGAGGGGCUCCCAACGAUGAUUUCCUCCUGCAUUUAAAACACUUUUUAGGCUAUCCAGAGUACUUUUAGAUCUCUAGAAAUGCAUUCUAAGCGGCGCUAUAAAAUUUGUAUCUGUUCAGUCAUGCUAGGGGAAAUUGCAUUGAGUCUUACCGAAAUUACAAGGGCUUCAGUAAUAUUUUCAAGAAAAUUUUAGAUGCAUAUUGAAGUUUUACGAAAGUGAAAAUUUUUCUGAUUUCUCUCUCCACCUCAUUUUCGAAUCCGAAAAUUUUAGGAUUCCUUUUUCUACGAAGAAAUAGCUUAAUGUGGGAGAGAGAAAAUUAUACUUUAGAAAAUCGUAGCGAAUUCAUUGGAAAUUCUACGUCUAGUGGAACGGUUAUCUAGAAAUGUUUAGCCUUCCUCGAGAUAGAGAAAAUUCUAGGCAAUUUUUACUUCUCCCAAAAGAUAUUUUACCGAAAACAGUUCUUGCGUGCCCCUGAAAAACGGCUAUUACUUAACUUCCUGGAUUAAACCACAAACCGACCUAGAAUUAAAAAAACAGUUUCAAAUUUCUUCGAAACCUCUUUUCAAGAUUUACUUUAACAAUUGAUGUGUUUAAUAUUAGUUUGUUAAGUCCGCCUUGGAAAAGCCGACGGUUUUAAUCUAAAAUGUUGGUUCUGAUUAAUCCGUUCUAAUUAAUCAACUGGUGAAUUUACCUUUAGAGGCCUUUAAAACCGUAUUUUUGCUAAUGGUGUGGAAAUCCCCCAUUCACAUGCCAAAUCCGGUUGCACAGUAAGUAUAUUUUCCCUCCAUAUAUACUGUGUUCGUUAUUAUGCGAAAACUGCUGUAAAAUAUGAAACAGAGUUUUAGACCGCCAAUUCAAUAGAUGGUCGUGCACGCAAUACCCAGAAAGAAACUGACUUGUCUUCAUCAAGUUGAGCCAAAGAGAAGAUAUGAAUUCAACUGCAGCAUCAGACUCGACGGGUACAGUUCCUGCAUUUGAUCUAGCGAUUCUGCAAGAAACGCUUGAUCAUAUAACCCGGGAGGCCUAUGGAUGGCUUGCCUUCAUUACCGUCAUCUGCAUCGUUACCUGUCCACUUACAACUUCAAUGAAUGCACUGAUCAUAAUCGCUGUAAAGACUAAAAACCAAUUGAAAACCAAGUCUAACAUUGCGCUCGCUUGUUUGUCGACUACUGAUCUGGCAAUGGGUGUGAUUGGCAAACCUCUAUAUAUCUCUGAGGUGAUCGCCGAACUGCAAGGAAACACCUCCAGUACGUACUGUAUAAGAACGCUGUUAGCGACAAUCGUUUUAAGAGUGUUAGGUAUAGCAUCACUGUCUCACUUAGCCAUGGUGAACCUAGAGAGGUAUAUUGCCAUUAAACAUGCCCUGCGGUACGAAACCAUCGUCACUGAAAAGCGCCUCACUUGUUUGUCAUCUCUCCUGUGGAUUAUAUUAUUGACAAUAACUGUCUCUUUAUCUUUCUUUGAUGAAAACACUUAUCUUAGGGUGGACACCAUAUUUAUGUCUCUUUGCAUAACCACUAUCAUCUUCUGUCAAGUUGUGCUUUACCAUGAAACACGUCGGCAUCAAAAAGAAAUCGCUGCCGGGCAAUUCUCCAUGGAAGCCAGAGAAAAAUUCUUAAGGGCGAAAAAAGCUUUUAAACUGACAACAAUGAUACUUUUCUCCUUGAUAUUGUGUUAUUUACCUUUCAUAGUAGCACAAAUGCUAAUAUCAAAGUCUGUUAUCAAUUCGGUCAAUUUAGUAUACAUAGCCCUAUUUACAGGCAGAACAGUGGCACUUUUCAACUCGAUGGUCAACCCGAUCAUUUACUGUGUACGAAUUAGACAGUUUCGCGUUGCGUUUAUUCAACUUUUGUUUAGAAAAAGCAGAUUGAAAAUGAUUCACUGUUAAAUUACUCUCAUAAUUAAUAUAGUUUACUCAGAGUAGUCGGGGCAUCUUUUUCAAUUUUCUAAAUGUAAUCAGCCUUAACAACGGCUAUAAUUACAAGAAACCGCUGGCGGAUCCAGGAUGGUGGAUAGUUCUAGUUACUUCUUUAAUGGUAAAUGACGCGAGAAUGCUAUACUUCCCAAGUUUAAAGGUUUUAAAUAUGUAAGCCAACUUUAUUAUUUUAUUAACUCCUAAUGUUUGGCUUUUACGGCUACUAUAAAAAAAUGAUGAGAUUUGGGUACCGCUAAUAAACUCGUCAAGAUGAUGUUCUAAUGACCCCACAUGAAUGGUUUUUAAGUCACAAGAGAUGGGGAGGGCGUGGCUACGAACCCGGUCUGAACAGGCAAGUGUACGCUCAAUAGAGAGCGGCCACUCCAAAGUGGUUCGUAAUAAAGUAGCUUUGUCUUUAGCUCAGACUUCACUUUGGUAUAGAAACAAACACACCAAGGAAAAAGGAAAAGAGUUCCUUAUACAAAAACAGUCGUCAUCUUCUUCUUCGGACUGUAUUGUUAUUGGCUAUGAAGACUCGUAAUCAGUAAUUGGUGCGUUUCGAUCCGUCUAUUGUCACAGUUAAACAGUCGUCUAUUGUUAGUCAAAUUGUCAGUUCUCCAGUCGUUCUCUCGUAGUUAGUUUUGCUUGAUCUCGUCAAUAAGUCGUUUGUACGGCGCUGGUAACUGUUGGCUACGAUUCAGUGGCGUUUGUUCUAGGUUAGUAAACCAGCUUUCUAAAGUAAGACGUUCAUUGUAGUCUAUGUAGAAUACGUUAUACAUGUCGCAGAGUCCCAGUCAAUUUGAUGUUUCGUCUGUAAAUGGUGCUCAGCAAUGUGAUUGUUGACGUCACCAUUCCUCGUCACUCGUUUGUGUUCGGUCAGACGCGUGCUUAGGUUUGUGCCUGUUUCACCAAUGUAAGAAGCCUGGAAGUCGCAGCAUUUGAUCUUGUAUACUGCUCCCUGUCUGUCCUCUGGUUUGUCUUUGUCCUUGACAUAAGUAAGCAGUCGCCGAAAAGUGGUUAUCGGUUUGUGUGCAACACGUAUAUUGUAAGGUUGUAAUAUACGUGCAAUAGGUUCAGAGGUGCCUCUGAUGUACGGUAUAGUUGCUGUCGUAACAGGGCCAGAGUUGGUCUGAGUGUUGGAAUCGGUGUUACUGUGAGUGGUCCGUUUAACAAAGUCCUUGUUGUAAUUGUUUUUACUAAAAACGUUGUUAAGAUAAUCAGUCUCGUCUUGAAGGCUGUCAAGUGAGUCGCAAUCUAGUUACACUCGUCUCGUCAAAGUCCGGAUAGUAGUAGCCUUGUGAGAGGUCGGGUUGUACGAAGAGUGGUCUAGUAAUCGGUCGGUAUGUGUCGGUUUUCCGUAAAUUGUCGAGUUUUAGUUUGUUGUUAUCGCGAGUGACCAAGCAGUCUAGAAAAGGUAUCUUAUCAUUUUCUUCGAUCUCCUUGGUGAACUGUAUGUCUGUGUUCUGUCUGUUAAGGGGUUCGUGAGAAUCGUCGAUCCCGUCUUUGUGUACGGCGGCGAAUGUGUCGUCAACGUAACGUAACCAAAGAGGUACAGUUCGCGUGUAGGUAGCUACGGCUUGUUCCUCGAUGUUUUGCGUGACAAUUUCUGCUACAACAACAGAAACUGGAGAGCCCAUAGCUGUACCCUGUAACUUUUUGUAGUGUUUGCCGUUGUACUGAAAAUACGUCGAAGUCAAAAACAGGUUGAGUAGGUCCAUAAUGUCGUCUGUAGGUAGUACAGACGUACACAAAGACGGAAUCGAGGAUUUUCACGAACACCUCAACAGACACAACGCGGACUGCGCUUGCCGCAUUUGCAGAUGCUGAACUUGAAUUCAUACCUUCUUUUUGGCUUACCUUUCAUAAAGAUGUUUCUGUAGCCUAGGCAGGACUAUCUCGUUUUGUUGGGGUGACGAUCUGUGACUCACUUUUAUCUAUUUUAAAGGAUUACUUUUUUUCGUGCAUGUUAACCAAUAGUCAAGAGCUAAAAUGUCGGAAAUGGUCUUCUUAAGAAGGAAUUUACCCUUAGUGGAAAGAUUUCCUCAGUAUUAACAGAAAGAUGAUUUUAAUGGCAUCAAUCAAGUUGGACAAAAAAUGUAGGAAAUGGUCCUCUUAAGAACGAAUUUAACUUUAGUGGAAAGAUUUCCUCAGUAUUAAGAGAAAGAUGAAUUUAAUGGUAUCAAUCAAGAUGGACAAAAAGUGUAGGAAAUGGUCUUCUUAAGAAGGAAUUUAACUUUAGUGGAAAGAUUUCCUCAGUAUUAACAGAAAGAUGAUUUUAAUGGCAUCAAUCAAGUUGGACAAAAAAUACAGGCCGGGAAUAUUUUUAAUUAAAAAGCGUCCUUGAUCCCAACGAGAACGAACCAGCUGGUAUAUUUAAUGUUUUAAUUCCGAUCUAAAUGACUCAAGAAGACAUUAGGGAUAUUUAACAACCACGACGGCAACAAACCUCUCCCAUUUUUAUUUUGCUUGAUGGAAGAUCUAGCAAAUGUUAUAAAAAGUAGGUGGGUUUUCUUAGCUUACUUGCUGGCUCUUUGCUGCUCUUCCCUGUCAGUGACCCCUUAUCUAACUUGAUUGAUUAUUUGUACUUUUAGGUACUAUUAAUUAAAUAUUAUUGUUAAAAUUAUGGAAAUCUUCACUUCAUAAUUCUAACUAAUUUUAAAACUAGUGAGAUCAAUCAAGACGUUUUCUGACAAAACAUUUAUUUUUAACGAUGUGGUCCGUAUUGUAUGUGUAAUCUUUAUAUUAUACAAUCAAACAAGUCUUCGGGAAAACGAUACUUUGAAACUACUCUUAACGUGUUUCACUGAUUCGUUAAAACAAAUUCAUGCAAUUACCGAAUUAUCGAGUAGAAUUUCAAUGUGUAUCGUAAUCAUUUGCAAGACAGUGUCAAUUCUAUACAAAUAAAAAAACGCUNCGAAUUUAACUUUAGUGGAAAGAUUUCCUCAGUAUUAAGAGAAAGAUGAAUUUAAUGGUAUCAAUCAAGAUGGACAAAAAGUGUAGGAAAUGGUCUUCUUAAGAAGGAAUUUAACUUUAGUGGAAAGAUUUCCUCAGUAUUAACAGAAAGAUGAUUUUAAUGGCAUCAAUCAAGUUGGACAAAAAAUACAGGCCGGGAAUAUUUUUAAUUAAAAAGCGUCCUUGAUCCCAACGAGAACGAACCAGCUGGUAUAUUUAAUGUUUUAAUUCCGAUCUAAAUGACUCAAGAAGACAUUAGGGAUAUUUAACAACCACGACGGCAACAAACCUCUCCCAUUUUUAUUUUGCUUGAUGGAAGAUCUAGCAAAUGUUAUAAAAAGUAGGUGGGUUUUCUUAGCUUACUUGCUGGCUCUUUGCUGCUCUUCCCUGUCAGUGACCCCUUAUCUAACUUGAUUGAUUAUUUGUACUUUUAGGUACUAUUAAUUAAAUAUUAUUGUUAAAAUUAUGGAAAUCUUCACUUCAUAAUUCUAACUAAUUUUAAAACUAGUGAGAUCAAUCAAGACGUUUUCUGACAAAACAUUUAUUUUUAACGAUGUGGUCCGUAUUGUAUGUGUAAUCUUUAUAUUAUACAAUCAAACAAGUCUUCGGGAAAACGAUACUUUGAAACUACUCUUAACGUGUUUCACUGAUUCGUUAAAACAAAUUCAUGCAAUUACCGAAUUAUCGAGUAGAAUUUCAAUGUGUAUCGUAAUCAUUUGCAAGACAGUGUCAAUUCUAUACAAAUAAAAAAACGCUUAAUUAAAGAUCUAAGAGCGCUUUCUGAGAGAUUAAAAAAAAGUUGCUGUCACUAAAAAAGAAAGGACACUUGACGCUUCAAUUUCCACAAAGCUCAUUUCAAGCUUCACUUUGAUAAUAAUAUAUUCAUUAAGGCGUGGGAAUUAACGACACUUAGUUAAUUUGAAAAUUUCGCUUUGCUCAAUGACUCGAGCAUGCAAGGGAAAAAAAAAAGUUCGAGUUAUCGAGAGUUCGAAGAAAAUAUCUGAAAAUAAGAAAAUGGAAUGGGAAAGGAAUGCAAGCAGCAUGCCGCUCCCUUAAGAACAGCAAGAAAUAUAUUGAUAUUUCUAGAUAAAAAAAACAAAACAAACAACAACAACAAAGCUAGAAUACACGGUCGCUUUGAAAGAGAUUCAGUGUUUUAGACUGCAGUACCUUAGAAUACACGGUCGCUUUGAAACAAAUUCAGUGUUUUAGACUGCAGUACCUUAGUUACGUUUUUAUUUAUUUUUGUUUUAACUUGUUACACCCUUAAAAACAUGAUGAUCUAAAGGGAAACAAAAAUUACUUCCAGUUACCGAGGAUAAUUGCAGUACAUUUUUAAGAAGGAAAUCCAGGGAAAACCGAUUUUGGUUCGACUUAGCGCGAGUUUGAGUCAUCGGGUCAACUAUCAUUCCUGUCCAACUCGAUUAACUAAUUUUAGCUUUAACAUGAUUGACGUUAACAUGAUUGAUAAUUUUAAGCUCAACUAAGCCAUUGAUAUUCUGUGAAACUCCAAAAACGUCCUGGAUUAAACUAACAAGAACCGACGUAGAGCUACCAAAAAAAAGCCUUCGAAAGCUCUUUUCAAGAAUUGCUAUGAUGCAUUUAAUACCAGUCUGUUCAGUGGGCCUUAGCAAAAGCCGACGGUUUUAAUCUAAAUAAAUAGCAAAUCCGGUUAUAUUGUGUUCGUUAUUAUGUUAAAAACUGCUGAAAAACGGUUAUAUUGUGUUCGUUAUUAUGUCAAAAACUGCUGAAAAACAGAUAAAGGAGAGUUUUAGACCGCCAGUUCAAUAGAUGGUCGUGCACUGACUUGACUUCAUCGAGCUGAGCCAAAGAGAAAUCAUGAAUUCAACUGCAGCAUCAGACUCGACGGGGACAGUUCCUGAAUGCGAUCCAGCGAUUCUGCAAGGA